CAAAUGGGAAAAAGACAUUGUUGGUCCUUUCUCUUCCUUGAUUGAAAACAAACACAAACCAAACAAGACUUAGAUCUCACCUAAACAAUCUCCGAAGCAUUCUCAUCCUGUCCUAACGACGAAUUUCAAUAUUAACGACGUUGUUGUUGGUUCUUCUCAAUUUUAGGGUUUUUUCUUCUUCAUGUAAUGGGUCUUGGUAACAACGAGGACGAGGAUAAUCAAGUGGUAGAUGGAGGAGAUGGUGGCGGAGCCAAGGGUUUCGGUUCAGUGUCUUGCUCAAUUUGCCUUGAGGUUGUUGCUGACAAUGGGGAUAGAUCCUGGGCUAAGCUUCAUUGUGGUCAUCAAUUUCAUCUGGAUUGCAUUGGAUCAGCAUUCAAUAUAAAAGGGGCAAUGCAAUGCCCUAAUUGUCGGAAGAUUGAGAAGGGUCAGUGGCUUUAUGCCAAUGGUGGUCGGUCAUAUCCAGAAUUCAACAUGGAUGAUUGGACAUAUGAUGAGGACCUGUAUGAUCUCAGCUACUCUGAAUUGCAAUCCUUUGGAGUUCACUGGUGCCCGUUUGGCAACCUGGCAAGACUUCCAUCGCCAUUUGAGGAGGGGGAGUUUUCACAAACUGCAUAUCAUGAUAUGUUGGGACAACAUGCUAUUUUUGCUGAACAUACAGCUGUAUCAUCUGGUAGUCAUCACUGCCCAUAUAUUGCUUAUGUUGGGCCCAUACAUCCAUCUUCCUCCAAUUCAGGUGGAACUGUAUCAGAGGCUUCUAACUUCAACCAUUGGAACGGUUCAUCUGUGCCUAAUGAUAUGCCAGCCUCCUUUACGUUUCCUGCUGUGGAUCUUCAUUAUCACGGUUGGGAACACCAUUCCCCUCCUUUCUCUACGGCAAGCAGUCGUCUGGUGGCUGCUGAUCAGCCCUCAGUAUCACCUGGUAAUCAAAGGCCAGUGAGGGGUGGUUCGGAUGUACCGAGAUCAGGAUCUUUUAUGCAUCCCUUCCUUGUUGGUCACAGUUCUGCUGCCAGAGCAGGGAGUUCAGUUGCUUCCUCAUUGAUUCCUCCUUAUCCUGGUAGCAAUGCUCGGGCCCGUGAUAGAGUCCAGGCUCUUCAAGCAUACUAUCAACCCCAGCAACCUCCUAAUUCAACUACAAUGCGGACACCUAUUGCUUCUGGAACCCGAAGACCCAGCAUUCAUGGCGGGUCAGCUCCAUUAGCACCAGUGGCCACAUCUCUAGACCAAAGCGGCGGCUUCUUUCUGAUCCCUCCCAGCUCAUCAGGACGCAAUUUUCAAGAAGAAAACCAUCUACCUAGCCGCUACCAUGUGUGGGAAAGAGACCACUUGCCUUCAUUGUCACUGAACCAUGUUGAUAGAGAUUCAGGUUGGAGAGCAUACCACCAGACCUUCAGCAGGCCAGACCCAGCUACCAGGUCCAGCAGCUUUCGCUCGAGGCACGGAUCAGAUAGAAUGCCUUCACAAAACCGGUAAUACACCCAUGUCCUGUUUCACUGUGAAGCAAACUACCAUUUCUAUGGAAAAUCAGAACUUAUGUAUGCUUUGAGAAAUGUAACAUAUUGCUUUGCCAUUUGGACCUGUCAUGUUAUGGCAGACUAUAGACACUGGCUGGCCUUGGAAAUGAUUUUCUGGCCGCCACGUGGCAGUUUGAUGGACAUUUGCUUCCUCUUGUUUAUUUGCCUGGGAGGGCAUAAAAUAAGACUGUAUCUAGUUGGGGAAGUUGGGUUUAUGGACAGUCAUUUCAAGUGAUAAAUCAGUUGGAUGGAAGCUGGUGUGGUUGGAUCUGUAGUGGGGUAGGUAUUAUGUUUGAUUAUGAUGCUCAUUCAAAUGCUUUACCUCUACCCCAUGUUGAGAGUGAUUUUGUAAAUUGUUGUGCAAGAAACGAGCAAGGUAUGGAACUGUCAUGAGAACUGCCAUACCUCGAAAUAUUUGUAAUUUAACGAUGGUUUUCAAAAUAAUGGUUUGUCUGGUGGAUGUUAUAAAA